AUGGAUUACACAAAUAUUGGACUAAGGCACGGAUAUCUUAUUAUCUUUGAGGAGAUUCAAACCCUAUGCAGUUGGUUGAAUCUUGAACCACCACCGAUGCAGCAAAACUCCUUAUAUGUCAUGUCUCCUCUAGGAUAUAUCAGUCCGACUAAUAAAUCGUGUGAUAGAAUUUUCUCUGUCAAGUCAGCUUAUGGGCAAUGGGAACUGCAAAACCAUUCGAGCAGUGCAUUGCUGGGUUCUCUAUGGAAGAAUUUGGCCCCUCCUAAGGUGGUGAUCUUUGCUUGGGUGGCGGUAAAGGAAAGAGUAGCUACCAGGUCAGUCCUUCUCAGCAGAAACUUGAUCAAUGAGAUUCAAUUAGCUUUGUGCCCCCUAUGUUCCUUGCAUCUUGAAACCCAUCAGCACUUGUUUCUCCACUGUCAUUUCUCAUUGAAUGUUUGGUCGAUAAUCCUAGACUGGUGGAACAUCAAAUGGGUUUGCCCAAUCUUUGUACCAGAAUUAGCAAAUUGGUGGUUUACUAAUGGAUUUUAUAACUUGGAGAAACAUGUAUGGAAAGCUUGCUUCUAUGCAACGUUGUGGUCCAUUUGGUUGGUAAGAAACGACACUAUCUUCAACAACUCAACGAAACAAGCUUGGGAGGUGGGGGAUUCAGUCAAAACUAGAGUUGCGAUGUGGAUGAAGGUGAAGUACGACAUCAAGGUCUACAUUGUUGAGGAGUUCAAGAUCUUCUUAGAUGGUGUUCGAAAAUUGAGAUUGUAA